AUGAACAUCAAGGCGCUUUGUACCGCCAGUGAUUGGUUUGUCCUGUGCUAUUCAUGCGGUCCGAAAUUCUGGGUUUUCUAUCCGUGGUCAUCGGAAUUUCAGACAGACUCUUCGUCAAUGUCCCCUCCUCAAAUGUUUGAUUCCAAGGCCGAGCUGCAGAUCCAUACGCAGGUUCACAUGCGCGAGGCAAAGCCGUACAAAUGCUCGCAUUGCCCGAAGAGUUUUGCAAACUCGUCGUACCUGUCGCAACAUAUGCGAAUCCAUUUGGGCAUCAAGCCGUUCGGUCCCUGUCAAUACUGCGGGCGAAAGUUCACGCAGCUGUCGCACCUACAACAGCAUCUGCGAACGCACACGGGUGAAAAGCCGUACAAAUGCAGGUAUCCCGGUUGUGAGAAGGCCUUCAGUCAGCUGUCUAAUCUGCAGAGCCAUUCGCGAUGCCAUCAGACGGACAAGCCGUACAAGUGCAACAGGUGGGUUAGAGAGAAACCAGCGACAGGCGAGACAUGUCGAGUGAUUGCAAAUGAACCAAUGAAUGAGUGA